AUUCUUAUGCAUAUAAAUAUGGAUUAUCUGGUGGAGUAAAAGAUAUCAAAGUUGUGUACUUCCAUUUUGGUAUCAUUCAUCAAACAAUAUAUUACUAAAAAGAAACACUUCAAUAUGUCUAAUAUUUUUCUGCUUAUUGGUAUACUGUCUAUUGGAUUAGCAUUUACAGGUGCACAAUCCAUAGGAGUUUGCUAUGGAAUGAUUGGCAAUAACCUACCAUCCAAGCAAGAAGUUGUGGAUUUAUAUAAAUCAAAAGGCAUUAACAGAAUGCGUUUAUAUUAUCCAGAUGAAGAAGCUCUUCAAGCCCUUAGAGGUUCCAACAUUGAAUUGAUUCUUGAUGUGGCUAAGGAAACCCUUUCUUCUCUUGUAAAUGCCAAUGAAGCCACAAACUGGAUCAACAAAUUUGUUAAACCCUACUCACAAGAUGUUAAAAUUAAGUACAUCACUGUUGGAAAUGAAAUCUACCCUAAUGACAAUGAGGCCCAGUACAUUCUCCCUGCAUUGCAAAACAUUCAAAACGCAAUUUCUUCUGCUAAUUUACAAGGCCAAAUCAAGGUCUCUAUAGCAAUAGCCAUGUCUUUGAUUCAGAAUUCUUAUCCACCUAACAAUGGUGCUUUUAUUGACCCAGCAAGGUCUUAUAUACAACCAAUAAUUAACUUCCUAGUGACCAAUGGGUCACCAUUUCUUGCAAAUGUGUAUCCAUACAUCGCUUAUGUCGGGGAUAAACAAAACAUUCAUCUUGAUUAUGCUCUUUUUAAUCAACAAGGAAACAAUGAUGUUGGUUAUCAAAAUCUCUUUGAUGCGCAGUUGGAUUCAGUAUACGCUGCUCUUGAGAAAGUCGGGGGUUCUAAUUUGCAGAUUGUUGUGUCUGAGAGUGGAUGGCCAUCUGCUGGUGGAGAUGGGGCAACACCGGAAAAUGCUGCCACAUAUUAUAGUAAUUUGAUUAAUCAUGUUAAGAGUGGGACCGUGAAGAAACCUGGUAUGGCUAUUGAGACUUAUUUGUUUGCCAUGUUUGAUGAAAAUCAGAAGAAUGGUGCAUCAACUGAACAACAUUUUGGUCUCUUUAAUCCUGAUAAAUCGCCUAAAUAUCAAAUAAAUUUCAAUUAGAUAAAUUAAUGGAUGAUUUUAAAAAAAAAUAUAUGUAACUAAAUAUAUAUAAGAAUAAUUGUGCCAGAAUGCACAUGAUGAUGAUGUUGUUGUUGUUAGCAUGUUCCUAUUUAUAUAAUGAAUUAAAUAAAUGAAAGGUGAUGUACUUUAUUAA